AUGCCUGCAAACGCACUGAUGCUGCUCCACAUAGAAAGUGCAAGGCGGCGGAGAGCCCUGGCUCGCCGCCGCCUUGCACUUUCUGUGUGAAGAUUCCUGGAGUCACUCCCACAGGUAAGCUAUGACAUGAAGUGCUUGAACUAGAAGCUCUGACAUGUAUUUCUUGUUACUAGUCUUUUCUGGUGUUUGUCCAGACACCGCAAAAGGAACUCUGUUCUACACAUGACAUUAUGUGGUUUCUUUGAUUUUUCAGCAUGGCCCACGCGGGCCAUACACUCUGCUCAACAGCACCGUGCCCAUCAUUCGUCAGUUUUUGGAUGACACCGUUGACCUGCGCCCCAACCUUCGCCUCUCUUGUUGCUCGCUUACUGCCCUUACAGCUGCCAUCGACCUCAACGUGACCCGAGGCUGGCCAAAGGACAUAGAGGUGCUGCUGUUCGUUUUUUGGUUGGCCCAUGCAGCGUCCUACAGGGUGGUGGCUGCAGCCUGCGACAUCCCUAAGUCCACUGUUCAUGAUAUUGUGCACAGGGUGACCAAGGCUGUCAUGGGCAUCCUGGGCAGCACCAUCCGCCUCCCCAACCCUGACCAGCUGGAGGACAUCGCUGCUGGCUUCAGCCGCCUCGGGGGAAGUCCAGCUCUGCGGACCGUGGUCGGGGCAAUUGAUGGCUGCCACGUCCGCAUCAAACCACUUGCAGCACAUCAGCUGGACUUCCUCAACCGUAAGCUGUUUCAUUCAAUCCAGCUACAGGCCAUCUGUGACCACCAGGGGAGGUUUCUUGAUUUGUUUGUGGGCUUCCCUGGCUCCGUUCACGAUGCCCGUGUACUGCGGAACAGCCCGGUCUACUACAGGCAGCUAUACCCACCGGAGGGCUGGUGCAUCCUGGGGGAUGGAGGCUACCCCUGUUUGGGUGCCCCCAUCUGCCUCCUGACGCCUUACCGGGAACCUGUGGCCAACCCUGUGCAGGCCCGGUUCAACACCAUUCACGGAAAGGCAAGGAAUAUUAUCGAGCGGGCCUUCGGAAUGAUGAAGGCUCGUUGGCGGUCCAUCUUCCUCAGGGCCCUUGAGGUGAAGCCAGCCUUUGCAUCGGAGGUGGUCACCUGUUGUGCCAUCCUCCACAACAUCUGCAUGGACAACGGUGACCUCUUCGAGGCCGAGCCUCCCCCUGAGGAAGAUGGACCGCCUCCCUGUUCUGAUGCGGCGUCAGGGGAAAACCUGCGGGACCGACUGGCUGCAGCAGUGUCUGCCCCAGAGGUUGCGGCUGCUGUCCUCCAGGACCAUGAUUAUUGUUAA